GCUGUCAGUAGUCUGGCGUGCGCUUGUUUGGGGAAUCAGCUGUACUUUUAUACUUUGCUUGUUCCUCUUUAGUAAUGGCUGGUAGCCCGGGAUUAUCAGCUUUUUGCUUGAAGGUAUGGGAGCCGGUGCUGGCCAAGGCCCGGCGGGCCGUUGUGUUUAUGGACACUCCGUGCGCAGAGAUAUUACACUGGUGUGGGGGUGCCGAGCUUCUUUUUUCCGCGGGAGCUUUAAACGUGAAGGAAUUCUCCAGCUUCGAGUCUGGGGCCAACAACCAACCUAAGGCCCUGUUCGUGGUGGGCAGCCACCUUCGGGGUCGAGCUCUAGAAGUCAUCAGGGAUGUGGUGAGCCAGAGCUCCUUCCAGUACUGUGUGGUGGUGACCGCAGUUAGUCCAGGGGAAGCAGAAGACAGGGCCGCUUAUCAGCAGCUGGAGGACAAGCUGUGUGAGUGGAUGGGGAACAUGAACUUCACAGCUGAGGUGAUGUGGGCCCCUCUGCUACUUGCCCCCAUAUCACCUCACCUGCUAGUUACCCCAGCUUUCUCUUCCCUCUUUCCAUUGGUGGCGUCUCAGGAUCUGCAGACCCUGAACAGGAGCAGGCCUGACAAGAAGAGAUUCCCUUCCAUAGGUGAUGUGGACCUGCCUUCCAUGCCCCAUGAAUUUCAGGUUCACAUAAAGAAACUGGUUUCUGCACUGAACGCCUUCUUUGAAGGCAUUGGGGUGCGUGAGGAAUGCUAUGCUGUGGGGCAUCUAAGCAGGAUUAUCGCAGGGGAACUAGCUAAUUACCCCCAAGCCAAGAACCGCAGGAAGACUGCCCAGAGCAAGGCCUCGCUGGUCUUCAUAGACAGGACUUUGGACCUGACGGGAGCUGUCGGUCAUCAUGGAGAGAACCUAGUAGAGAAGAUGCUAUCUGCACUGCCGUCUCUUCAAGGUCAUACAAAUGAUGUCAUGGUUAAUAUGGAUUCGCUAACAGCCCUUCGCAGUGAAGGUGAUAAUGAAGGAAUCAUAGCUCCUGGGUGUCUGGCACAACCAACUGACCCUGCUGCCAAGACGCUCUGGGAGUCCAUGUUCAAUAUGAAGCAGAAGGAAGCGGUGAUGGAAGUCAGGAGACAUCUAGUGGAGGCAGCAAGCAAACAGAAUCUGCCUGUCAAGAUGAGUAUGGGUAGGGUCACACCUGAACAGCUCCGUUCUCACAUUCAGCUCUUCAAGGAAAAUGGGCAAGCCAUUGAGCAGCACUGCGGUGUCCUGCAGCUGGCACUGGCCACAGUCCAGGCCCUGAAGCACCCACAGUGUGCCAAGUGGGACAGCUUCCUGGCUUACGAACGACUUCUCUUACAGAGCACUGGGAAGUCUGAACUACCAAUGGUCCUUAACCAGUUGUACCCUAUGAUUAAAUCUCACAAUGAAAGGAGCAAUGAUGAUUAUAACCUAGAAGAUAUCAUUGUCUUAUUAGUUUAUAUAUACUCUGUAACUGGAGACGUCCAAGUGAACACAGAACUUGAUAUUAUGGAAAGUCAAGUAAAGAAGGCACUUAUCCGGUCUUUCUCCGAUGAACCUGGGCUGAGUCCUUUGCUACAGAAAAUAACAGGGUGUGAGUCCUCUCCUGAGCUGACCUUUGAAAAGUCCACUGCUGCAGUGAAUAAAAUCUUCUCAACUUUGCGAGAUAUCAGUAAGGCUCGUUCCCAUCUGAAAAUGUUUCAUUCUGUGCAUGUGCCGGGGAGUAACGUUCAACAGGCCUCUUACAAGCCAUUGUUGAAGCAAAUUGUGGAGGAGAUCCUACAUCCUGAUCACGCGGAACCUCUUGACAUUGAGCACAUGUCCUCUGGUCUCACUGACCUUUUAAAGACGGGAUUCAGUAUGUUUAUGAAGGUUAGCCGUCCACAUCCUGGAGAUGCCUCCCUUGUGAUGCUGUUUGUGAUUGGUGGAGUCACUGUGUCAGAAGUCCGAAUGAUAAAAGACUUAGCGUCGACCCUCAAGCCCGGUAUUCAGGUGGUUGUGCUGUCCACGAAACUGCUGAAGCCUCUUGACAUUCCUGAGUUUCUCUUUGCAGCAGACCGUUUGCACCCAGACACUGGCAUCUGAGUGUUUAUCUUUCUUCAAGACUUCCUAAUGCCUGCAACCACGGCUCCACAUCUCUGAGAAGUCAGCUGAGGUUUAUUUUUAAGAAAGUAAUUGAAGACUUAAUUGAGAAGAGAAGCAAUGGUUACAAACACACAUUUCCCGUUGUCUUGGUGUGCUUUGACAUUACCCGUCUUUCAUUUGGUCUAAUUGUAGUUAUUUACCAUCGCUGAGCUGGGUUUCUGAGGUUUUUGCUCAUUAUCUGUUGUAGUUUCAUGUUGGCGAUUGAAGGGAAACUAUUAAAAAGGAAAUCACGGAGCAAUUAAAGAUGGAUGUUAAUAUUGUAUAAUAUGCAUCUUGGAGUGGAUUCUUGGUAUUACAUAAAAA